AUGUGGCUGGUUGGUGUGGGCCUGGUUCUGGCUGGGCUUGUAGUGGGCACUGGUGGAAUGCAUUUGAUCCGCGCUUCGGAACUCAAGACACAGUCCGGACACACUUCGCAAGGCAAGGCAUUCUAUGCCGUCGGACUUCUGCUCAAUCUUCUUAUCGGACCAGUCCUUGACAUGUCCGGCUAUGCCUUUGCACCAGCUUCUGUGGUUGCGCCCUUCACGGGCUUCAACGUCAUCAUCAAUGCCCUGGUGGCACCUAUCACGCUCGGCGAACAGCUGACGCAGUGUCGGUGCAACGGCAUCAUCGCGGUCUUUGUGACCGCAACUAUGUCAGUCCUGUUCAAAGGGACACAAACCACGGAGUUUUCGGUCAAAGAUGCUCAGAAUCUUCUCACGCAGUGGCGCGUCCAUGUCUACGUGGUGUUUUUCACGUUGUGGCUACUCGCAAAUCUUCGAGUACUUGCACACGCUGCCCAUGGUUCUGUAGCCCGGGGCUUCUCCCUCGGAGCGAUUUCUGGAUCGCUCGCGGGAAAUAUGUGGUGCACCCGUCUUCUGGCAGUCUUCCUCAAAGAGUGUGUUGAGGGCAGCUGCGGAACGACUUGGAGCACAUUUCUCCCAUAUACGAUGGUUGCUGGCGCGGUCUUCUUCGCUGUAACCAAUGUGCCGUUUAUGACACGUGGCAUGCGCCAUUACGAGGCGCUCUUCAUGAUUACAACCUUCCAAGGCGCAAACAUCCUGUCAAACAGCUUGUCCGCCGUCGUUGUGCUAGAGGAAAUGGAUGGGGAGCCCUGUUGGAAGCUCGUCGGGUACUUCUUAUGCAUCGGGGGCAUGAUCUUGGGGCUCUUGGUGCUGACGCUGGGCGAGGAAGAUGCCGACAAGACUUCCCAGGGCCAGUUGGCGCCCAUGCCCGUUGAGGAGGACACCGGCCUUUCCAGCGACUCCGAGCCGCGCACGUUCAUGGAAUUCGUGCAUGCAGGGGCAAAAGCCCUAUCCCGACAUGUAGCAUCCUGCCGGCAAAGAUUCGAGGAUGGGUCGAUGCAUGAAGCGCUUCAAAGCUUGAGUAGUCUUCAUGCCGUCGCACCCGAGAUGCCGCACGACGGCAUCUGCUUGAUGGUGUGA